UACGCACUCGGCUCCAACUGGUAGCUAUGUCUUGGACUAGGAGACAGCACUGGAGGCCUCGAACCGAAGAAGAUAGACGUGCUGUGUCAGCAGAAGGUGAUCGACAUCGCUUACGGUAGCGGCCCUCACGUCCUCGCCAUCACUGAGCGAGGAGAGCUGUUCAGCUGGGGUGACAAUAGUAAGCUUCCUACAUCAGCGCUGUGUAUGGGAGAUCCUCUUGUUGUCUGUACAUCCCAUCGGAGUGUUAUCAGAACCACACCCAGGAGAGUUUUUCUGUCUCACAGACAGUUGAUCCACAGAACGUCUGAAGUUAAUCGUUACUGCCAGCUGGGAAAUGCUACAACAACCCCAGGAACGGUGCCAGUCUUGCUGAACACAAACCUCAUUGGAAAAGUCAUUACUCAAGUUGCGUGUGGAAGUCAUCACUCUCUGGUUUUAACUCAAGAAGGAGAGGUGUAUGCCUGGGGACAGAACAACUGUGGCCAAGUGGGAUCAGGGUCGACUGCAAACCAGCCAACACCUUUUAAAGUCACCCCAGGCAAGCUGCGCGGCGUCUGGUGCAGUAUAGCAUGA